UCUAACCUUUCCUCUCAAAAACCAUAACAAAGUCUUAACUUUUUCUUUCUUUUUCUGCCAAAAAAAUGCAGAGCCUGCAAACUGUAAACGAAGAACCCAAAAAUCUAUCACCAUGCAGCAGUGGAAGAAGAAGCAGUACAAGCAGCCAUUCAAGUUCACCUGAAUUCGAGUUCUGGAUGGUCCGGAACCCGUCUUUUCCUCAACCCGAUCUCAUCUCCGCUGAUGAACUCAUUGUUAAUGGUGUUCUCCUUCCUCUCCAUCUCUUACCCAACAAACAACCCGAAGAGAACCCACAAACCGACUCAAAUCCACCCGCAUCAGAACCUCCUAUUCCCGACCCAGAACCCGAACCUGGCCCUCCUAUAACUUCGGAACCGCUUCCUGUCUUGUCAGCUUCGAAACGGUGGAGAGACAUUUUUAAGAAAGAAAAGGGCAAGAACGGAACUAAAAAUCAAGAAGACAAGGAUAAAGAGAAAGAGAAAGAGAAGAAGAAGGAGAAGAAGAGUCAGAGUCAAAGCGGAGCGAGUACAGCUGAGUUGAAUAUAAAUAUUUGGCCUUUCUCAAGGAGCAGAUCCGCAGGUACUAACGGGACCCGACCCAGGAUGACAGCCGGUGCGGCGGGUACCCGGAAGGUAAGUAGCGCCCCGUGUUCCCGAAGCAACUCGGCGGGUGAAUCCAAGUCUAGAAAGUGGCCGAGCAGCCCCAGUCGGGCAGGGGUUCACUUGGGCCGAAGCAGCCCAGUUUGGCAGGUUCGACGUGGUGGUUCCGGUGUCAAGAGCUUCGAUAUCAUGGGUCGGAGUGCUGAAAAGAGUAGCGGUAAGAAAGAAGUUAUCGAAACUCGUCGCGGUAAAAUUGUUAACGGUGGUAACAACGGUGACAAAGCCAAGGUUUUGAAUUUGAACGUGCCAAUAUGUAUUGGGUACAGACAUCAUUUGAGCUGUAGAACUGAUGAAAAUAAUGCAAUAAUUUCCGAAAUCAGUACCGACGUCAGUGGCGGCCGUGGCGGAGGCCGUGGAAAUGGUAGAAGCAGCGGGGCUAACGUUGCAAGCGGUGGUAAUUUUUUUAAUUUGCGCAACCUUUUCACUAAGAAAAUUUAUUAAGUGUGUUAAUCAUUAUUAACCUUUUUUUUCUCCUUUUUAUAGUAAUUUUGUUGUUUAUCCGUAUGAUUUUUCUCCCUUGAA